ACUCCAUGUGCUGGAAUAGUUUGUCCUGACAGUGGAAUGAUAAAUAUUACUAGUUUUGACUGUUUACCUAGAGUUCAACACAGUUGUAAAUCACCAGUGCCAGUAUAUGACGACAACCGAUGCUGCUUCACAUAUUACUGCCCUGCUUGUACGACAGCUACUGGAAUAGACCAUCCGCCCGGUUCCAAUUGGACAGAAAAUUGCCAGCACUGCACGUGCCAAAAUGAUGGCACUAUAAGUUGUUAUUCAGUGACUUGUCCAGAAUUAAUAAUAGCAGAGUGUACUCUGCCAGGAUAUGAGCCUUCAACUAUCAUUGAACUAUCUGAUCCUUGCUGUCCUGUAUCCAAAUGCUUCUGCAAUCCACAAUCAUGCAAACCACCAACUACUUGUGGCAAUGGUUUAAGUCCAGUGUACUCCAUUCUUGGUUGCUGUCUCAGUGUUACCUGUGUUCCAAAACAAGUGUGCGUGUAUAAUAACAUAGACUAUAUGCCUGGCUCCAUAUUACCUUCACCUCCUGGCAGCUGCAAGGAAUGUACAUGCACAUCUACAUAUGACAGCGCAACUAUGCAGAAUGUAGCUGCGUGUAAUCCAAUUACCUGCAAUGUAACAUGUGCCCAGGAUGAAGAAUAUAAGCAAUCUCCAGGACAGUGCUGUGGAUACUGCAUUAAAAAAGCAUGCUACAUUACACAGCCGAAUGGACAAAUUACAGUUCUAAUGGAGGGAAACACUUGGUCUGUGCCUGGUGACUUCUGUUCAAGCUAUAGCUGUAGUAGGCAAGCAAGCGGAGACCUUCUCACUACAGUCACAACGGAGACCUGUGAAUAUAACAGUAAUAAUGAUUGUGGUCCUGAUCAGCAAUAUCAGGCAUCACCUAACAGUUGCUGUGGGCAGUGUGUCCAGGUUCGUUGUGUGCUCAUGACGGGUACAGCACCUGCAAUCAUUUUAAAGGAAAAUGAAACCUUCGCCUUUCCUGAUGACAAGUGUAAAUACUAUACCUGUGUGAGGAUUGGGAAUCAGUUGAUUACUGAAAUGACAAUACAGACAUGUGAAUAUCAGAGUUCACUGGAUUGUGGAUAUGACCAAGAAUAUUUCCCACCUACUGACCAAUGCUGUGGAUAUUGCAACCAAACAUAUUGUGUAUAUGUAACAGCAAGUGGUGACACACAACUCUUGAAGGAAGGUGUAACAUAUCUAAGUGAUGAUAAGUGUUCAUACUACACUUGUGAAAAAAUAAAGAAUGAACUCAUUACAACUGAAAAACAACAGACCUGCCAAUAUAAGAGUAAUGAGGAUUGUGACUUUAGCCAGGAAUAUAUGCCACCUACCGACCAGUGCUGUGGAUAUUGCAACCAAACAUAUUGUGUAUAUGUAACUUCAAAUGGGACAGGAAGUGACAAGAAGCUCCUGAAGGAAGGCGAAAUCUUUAGAAGUUAUGACAAUUGUACUUGGUACACUUGUAUGAAAAUAGACAAUGAAUUUAUCACAGUUGAAUAUGAUCAGGACUGCCCAUAUGAGAGUGAUAUGGAUUGCGAAUUUGGUCAGGAAUAUGUGCCACCUAUUAACCAAUGCUGUGGAUCUUGCAACCAAACAUAUUGUGUAUAUGUAACUACAAAUGAGACAGGAAGUGAGAAGAAGCUCCUGAAGGAAGGUGAAACCUAUAUUAGUGAUGAUAAGUGUACAUCCUACACUUGUAAAGACAUAAACGGUGAAUUUAUCACAGUUGAAAAUCAUCAGACCUGCUUAUAUACCAGUCAAAAGGAUUGUGAAAUUGGUUAUGAAUAUGUGCCAACUACUGACCAAUGCUGUGGAUAUUGCAACCAAACAUCUUGUGUAUAUGUAACUCCAAGUGGUGACAAGGAAGUCCUGAAGGAAGGUGAAAUCUAUUUAAGUGAGGAUCGUUGUACAUCCUACACUUGUAAAAACAUAAAUAAUACGCUCAUCACAGUUGAAAGACAACAGAUGUGCUUAUAUGAGAGUGAACUGGAUUGUGCAUUUGGCCAGGAAUAUCUGCCGCCUAUUGACCAAUGCUGUGGAUUUUGCAACCAAACAUAUUGUGUAUAUUUAACUCCGAGUGGGGACAAGAAGCUCCUGAAGGAAGGUGAAACCUAUACAAGUGAUGAUAAUUGUACAUUCUACACUUGCAACAAUGUAGAUAAUAAACUUACCACAGUUGAAAAGCAGCAGACCUGCCAAUAUCAGAGUCAAACGGAUUGUAAAUUGGGUCAAAUUUUUUACGUUAUUCCUGGUCAAUGUUGUGGAAACUGUGUCGCAAAUUCAUGUGUGUAUACUGAUUCCAAUGGAGUGGUUAAAACUUUACAGGCCAACCAAACCAUGAUUGAUGUCACAGACGUUUGCUUAUCCUAUACCUGUAAAGAAAUAAAUGGACAAUUGCCUACCAUAGUUAAUACAGAGACAUGUGAACACCCAAGUGCCAAUCAAUGUAAUGAGAAUGAGGAGUACAUUGUUUUACCUGGUAACUGUUGUGGACAUUGUGUACAGACAUCAUGCUUAAUUACAUUACCUAAUGGACUAAAUAAAACUUUGAAGGUAGGGGAAGAGCUGUUUCCAGAAAAUGAUACAUGUAUAAUGUAUGGUUGUAUCCAAGUGAGUGGACAGAUAUAUACUGUUGCAAAGAACAGAACGUGUGAAGAUAUACUCCCAGAAGACUGUGAAUCUGGCAGUAUUGAAAUGGAUGCAAGUGGCUGUUGUCUAAUAUGCAAGGCUCCCAAGAAUUGCAGCCGUUCAUUCCAUGAUAUUACCUUUAAACAAAAUGACUGUAUACUUGAUGAAAUUGUUCCAUAUUGCACUGGAUAUUGUGUGAAUAACACAAUGGUUGCUUCAUUACCAACAAGCUCUCCAGGUUGCAUGUGCUGUGAAAAGGUGAUUUCACAUGAAAAAACAGUGAAUCUUCAGUGUGCAGAUGGAACCUCUAUUCCAUAUGUGUAUGACUACAUUGAUAGCUGUGGCUGUAACAGCAAGCAGUGUGCUUGAUUCUGUCUCUGUACAAAUCAUCAAUCUUGUCAAUUAAUAAAGCAUGAUAUAUGGAUAAUGUACUGUAUUUGUCAAAAAUAAACUUGUCUGCUUAUUGUGUUUAAAAAGAGAUUUAUAAACUUAGUUUAUAUAUCUCUCCCUCUUUCUCUCCUCUCCCCUCUCUUAUCUAUCUAUCUAUCUAUCUAUCUAUCUAUCUAUCUAUCUAUCUAUCUAUCUAUCUAUCCUUCUCCCUCUAUCUCUCUCUAGUUCUAUCUCAAUUUAAAGAUGAUUCUAGUAAGUCACCAUAAAUUAUAUUUAGGCCUGAGGCCCCAAAUGUCUGGGACAAGCAGUGCCUGAGAUAAAUAAUUGUUUUCUGCUUCUCCCUAAACAUUGUUAUAUUAUAAUUUGUAGGAGAUAUUGACCUGUUUGUUCUUAGACUAUUUUGUAUGAGUCACACAGUAAAUAUUAGUUUUAUUUAAUACAAAACCAUCCAGAUAUGCUUAAGUAUGUUAGUAUCACAUAUCAUCAACAUUACCAAUUUGGUCCUAAUAUGAUAUUCAAAGCUAAUACCUAAAAGAGGUCACAUUACAUUCUAGCAGCCAAAUAAAAUAUGCGUGAGUUAGGUAGAUGCUUUAUAUUGCACUAGAGAUUCCCUUUAUGUGCUUGUACUUGAUAGUAUUAUUACUAAUAUCAUCAAUACGUAUGCAAAGUUACCUGGAAAAUUCCAGAUCAACAGAAACACAAACACAAGGCUGAAGGAAAAGGAAACUCAUUCUUAAUUAUCUUCAUAUUACUUUAUAUAAAAAUAUAUAGUAAAUCAAUUAAUAUGUUCAGUUUGAAAACACUUUAUAUUUAUAAUUAUUAGCACAAAUUAAUUAACUA